AUGCUUCACCAGGGAAACAGAUUCUCCAGUUUGAUUAUAAUCUAUGCCAUUUUCUCUUUACCUUCUCUCAUGCUGAAAUCUGAAGGAUUAGAGCAUAUAGUUGGCGACAGCACUGGCUGGGAACUCUCGACAAACUAUACCAACUGGACUCAGGGAAGAGAAUUUCAUGUCGGUGAUGUCUUAGUUUUCAACUAUGACAAAGACCAGCAUAACGUUAUGCAAGUUAACUCAACGGCAUACGCAGAUUGUGGAAAAGACAACUACAUCUCUCUCUAUACCAAAGGCAACGACUCAAUAGUUAUAUCAGAGGUUGGAGAGCACUGGUUCAUCUGUGGAGUGGACGAACAUUGUGAGAAGGGCCAGAAGCUAAGUAUUGAUGUAGCUUCUUGA